AUGAGAGCUAUGCUGGUUGUGGCAAUGCUCAUUGUUUGCAUAUUUUUUAGCCGCAGCAACUGUGAAAAGAAGAGAUAUAUCCGCUAUCCAGCAAUUCAUCGUCGUGGUGAUGGUGCAGCAGGUUGUAACCCUAAAUAUCGCUCGACUUGCACGCCAAAGCUCCCGUCACAUCCAUAUAGUCGAGGAUGUACUACAGCUACUAAGUGUCGUCGUACUCCUCCGAUUAGGGCUUCGAUAAUUUAA